UUUUUUAUUUUUUUUUAGAUUUAGGGGAAGGGAUUUUUUAGGGAGAGGGAUGAUGGGGGGAAGGGGAGUUGUCCUAAACGUGUUGGUUGCUAUUUUAAACUGUUUAUAGCCCAUAACUUACUCUUCAGCCCCUACACCAUUUAUCUGAAGCAAAAGCAAUUUUCUUGAAUUUUAUUCCCCAAGGUCCAAGCUGGAAUCCCCAGCACAAGUGGGACAUCCCCCCUCCCUCCGCUCUUCCCUACCCCACCCCACACCUCCCCCGCCCCGUCCCCUCUGGCCCCAGGAGGACCAGUGGGGUUCUACAGUCCCUUCGAUGACCUAGCGCUGAACUCGAGCCUCGGCACUUUGCCCAGGUUUCCUUUAUUCUUCUAGGGAACCCAACACAGCCACACCCGCCGCAAACUCGAGGCCUCGUUAUGCUCCGGCUCCCCUGCUACGCUACGGGCGUAGCGGCAUCCACUAGCCUCCCAGCCGGGGGCGGCCCCAUUCCAGACGCCCGUUUACGCCCGCGCGGUUGGCAUUAGGGCUUGAGCUGCGCUCGCUGGGGAGGGAGAGAUUCCCGAAAGCUGCUUACGCCGAGAACGCGGAGAGGGUCUUGUUGCUCCGCGCAGCCUUACGCCGAUGACGCAGCGUACCCCAAGAUGGCGGCCCGGUCGUCGUCGGUGGCGGCGGCGCUGGCGGAGGGGGCGGUGGCAGCGGCAGCCGUGAAGCGAACGGCAGCGGAGGAGAAGGCGGUGGCGGCCGUGACGGCGGCAACGGCGACGACGAAGACGACGGGUCUGGGGCGGGAGGAAUGAGGUGGCCGCGGCGGGACAGCGGCAGAGCCGUGUAGCGGAGAAGCGGCUCCCUCCACUGCUCCCUCCCGGCGCGAGCGCGCCUGGGGCCGGCCCCGGAGCGGCCUCCAGACUCAAUCUCGACCCCGACUCCGACCCAGACCCUUAUCCCACCGGCAGCGGCCGCGGCUCCUCCUUCUCCUCCUCUUCUUUCCACGCCCCCUCCUGCCCUGACCCCUCGACCCCGAUCCCGGACAAUGAUGAAGUUCAAGUCAAACCAGACCCGGACCUACGACGGCGAUGGCUACAAGAAGCGGGCCGCGUGUCUGUGCUUCCGCAACGAGACCGAGGAGGAGGUGUUGCUGGUGAGCAGUAGUCGUCAUCCAGACAAAUGGAUUGUCCCUGGAGGUGGCAUGGAGCCUGAAGAGGAGCCAAGUGUAGCUGCUGUCCGGGAAGUGUGUGAAGAGGCUGGAGUGAAAGGGACAUUGGGAAGAUUGGUAGGAAUUUUUGAGAACCAGGAAAGGAAGCACAGAACAUAUGUCUACGUGCUUAUUGUUACAGAAGUGUUGGAAGACUGGGAGGACUCUGUUAAUAUUGGGAGGAAAAGGGAAUGGUUUAAAAUAGAAGAUGCCAUAAAAGUCCUGCAGCAUCACAAACCUGUGCAGGCCUCAUACUUUGAAACCUUGAGGCAAGGCUACCUGGCCAACAAUGGCACCCUGGUCAUGGGCACCACAUACUCGGUUACCAGUCAGAGCUCAUUGUCAGACAUCAGAUGACUGAAGACUGCCUCCCAAGAGAAACGGAAGUUGGCAAAUAGACUGAGAUCCAGAUCUCCUCUUCUCUUCCCAAUUCUUUCCCUGUCCCCUCCCUUCACAUGCCUCCUCUUUGAAACAAGGCAUGGGCAGCAGCCUGAAGCAGAGGAAGUGUUCUUUGAUAAUGUUGCUGUUUGGUAUUAAAUGGAGCUUUUUUCUUUUUCUAAAAAAAUCCUCUUGGGGUCUGGGGGGAUGGGUAUUAUUUUGUAAAGUAUAUUUUGUGCAUGAUGUGUCCUUUCCCUUGGCACCACCACUACUCUUUGAAGAGAGAUGGACAGCUUCUCCUCAGCCUGGCACUCUGAAGCGUUCCUAUCUGUCCAAUUCCCAUUCUGGCCAGACAUUUUCCUCUUUUUUAAAUUAAAAGAUACCAACGUGAGGCCAUCUCUUCCAAUGAAUUUGCCUACAAUGUGCUGUUCAGACCUGUAAGUCGGUCCUGUUCAGUGCAUGAUGCAUUUAUAUACACAUUAUAUAUCAACAUAUAAUAUGUAAAUAAAUGAUGGUAGAAGGACAUGUUUAAGAAUCUAAUUUUGCAGUUUCUUUCACUUCGAGAGCUCCAGAAGAGAAGAGAGUUUCUUAAUUAACCUGCCUUGUAGGCUUAAUCUAGGCCAGCUUCCCUGAUCAUUCUUCAACUUGCCCACCGUUGGUCAUUUGCAAUGACAGCCUGGGUGAGGAAAGAAUAAGACAACCUUCAAACCACCCCUGGUGCUCCCAGUCUCCUGUCACUUAAGGUGGCAUUGCUACUGUGGCAGAAGAGAACAUGGAAAACACUUCUUUUUUUACCCAGGCAGGAGGAGCAAGUAGCCUCAAUGUAGACCCAGGGAAAGAGUGAUAGAAUGGAAUCUCAGCCUGCCCUGACCAUGUGGAGGAUUGGAACUGGAGCUCUUGGGAAUAAACUCGACAAAGAACUGGAAUAGCCAACCCUGUUUUGUAUCCCGCCAGUUUGAAGUUCUUUCCACGGCCCUACUUGGAGAUGAUGAUCUCUCUCUUCUUGUCCAUAUGCCUUACCAUGCUGACUGGAUAUUGUUUUUGUGUGAAAGCAUCCAACUGUUUCCACAGUGUAGCUGCACAUGUUCUUCCCCUGCGGUGCUAGGGUGACCGCCUGGUAUUCCCAGGAAGAAGUACACGAGGGGAAAAUUCAUAUGUUCACUAUCGUGUUUGAGGUGUGGCAGCACUUAUAAUUUUACCUUGGAGCAUGCUCAGAAUAUUAAAUUGUCUCCUGCUGUGUGAAUACAAAAGGUACAACUUUACCCAGAAGUACUAGUGUAGAGGACUCUUAAUCAUUUACUAGAAUAGCUACAUAAUGUAUUGGCACACUUUAAACUCUUCUGUUGGUUUAUUGAUGUUUCAUACUGUCUUUAUUUGCCAACUGUAUUGUUUAGUUGGGAAAUAAAAAGGAAAUGGUUGUGAGUUUGGAGUAUGGGCGGGGGCAGGGCAUUAGUUAAUCCCUGGCUUGGGACAGGAGGUUGUUGCUAGGUUCUUAGUAGCAUCUCUUUUGUCAAAACAUAGCCAAGAUGUGAAAUUAAAUCUGCAGUACUCUUUUAUUUAAUAAUUCUAAUAAAUACUUAGACUUUCAAAAAGUUUUUUUUCUUCCCUCCCACUAAAAGAGGAACAAAUAAGUCUGGUAGACCUAUCAGUUUAAUGUCUGACUCUGGAGAAGAAGAUAGCUGAUUUUAGAAGCUUACAGACAGGAAGAUCACAACACAGCUAAGCUUUGAACUACAGGGCCAAAAAGCAGUACUAGCAUUUUUGUCAGAGUACCGUAAUCCCAUGCUAAUACUUUCAUAUCCAUGGUUUGGGAUUUCCGAUGUUUGAAAUAUUAAACUUUGAUUCUAAAUGUUGAACUUCGUUCUCUAUGUGGCCAUUUUAAGCUCAUUUUUAAGAAGCCCACCCCCUACUUUAAAGCUCACCAAGGUCCUGCCGAAAAAAGCCAAGAAAAAGAUAAAAUUGAAUCGAAUCCAAGACCCAAGUGACAUCCUAAGAACAUAGCCAUCUCCUACUGCCUUGCAGACUAAUUCUGGCCUUUUGCUGUAUGGAUUUGCUGUUUUGAAAAUGCUGUUCAGGAAAACAGCUGGUACUCCCAAAAGAACAGCUGACGUUUUGAUAGCAGUAGCAUGCACACCUUUCUUGAAAAUGUUUUUACUGGUCUGCUAAAUUCAAAAUGUAAGGGUAGAAUGUUAUUAAUGACUGCUGAUGGCAUUUUUGUUUAGGUCAGGAAAAUAAAUUGUGCCAACAAAGUAUUUUAAUGUGGCAUGAAUCAAUGUUAUUAAUGCCCUUAGCUGAAGGACUUGUUAAAAGACUCAGUGGGAAAAUGAGAGCUUUGUCCAGUACUCGUAGUUAAAAUAAGUGCAUUGCUACACCAUACUUCCAGUGAAUGAAGGUUUUGUUUUUUCUUUCCAUAUCACAAAAUUCCAUUCCCAUCUUUUUUAGUGUGUAUUAGAGAUCUCUCCAGAUAGAUAGGUGGAUCAAUUGGAUGGAUGGAUACAUACAGUGGCCUUUAACUUCCAGAGCCUAUUUCCCCUAGGAAAACAAGAGAAACAAAAAAAAAAAGUGUAUACAUAUGCACAAACCAUCCACAUAACCUCCAAGAAGAACAUGCCCUCUUGAUUUUAUUCAUAUUUUAGUGGCUAUGUACAUGGUAUCUAUUUGUGAAUACCCUCUAAAAAAAGAGUAAACAUUGGUUGGGUUUUUUCUUUUAAAAUUUGUUUAUGUUCCCCUUUUCUCUCUAAAGGUUGAUAAAAAUGGCAGCCAUUUGGGAAGGCUUCUGAUUGGAUCAUUGGAUGCCAUUAGGUGGGAUUAUCCCACCUUUCUUGGAGAGAAAGAAAAGAGAAAGGGAGUGUGUGUUUGUGUUGGCAAGUGCAGUCAUUUAAUUUACUUUCCCAGGAUUAUAUGCAGAUACUUUGUUGUACAAAAAGGUUCACUCACUGGGGCCCUAUGAAGUCAGGGGUAACUGCAAAGGAUCAAAGAGAGAAACAGCAUGCACCUGAGCCACAUCAGUUCUGAGAUGGUACAUAGUUUCAGAGUAGAUCCUCCGCACUCUUUCUGCUGUCAACUCAGAUAUGCUCCACAGCCCAGCAAUAGAAUCUGUGGCUUCACCUCUCAACCCCAAGUCCAGGGUUAGAAAACAUCUUGGUGGAAGUAACAUGAAUAAACAGUUCUUGAGGGGUAUGUUGCAGGAGCUUUGCAAUCCUGUUUCUACACAGUCAAGUUCCGCUGUAGUGAAGAAAUGUUUUCUCUUUGGGCGUUAGAAAUUGGUUAGUGGCCCAUUGCAGAGGCUUUUACUCAGAAGAGAAUAUUUUUGUUUUUGUGGCUUAUAAGGAGAGAAAAAAAUUUCCAAUGAAGAGUUUCUUCCUCUGCUUUCCAUCCUCUAGGUAACUUAAAUAGAGGUCCAUCAGUGGUUAGACCCUAGGGUAUAUUCUCCUUUACUGAAAAUUUUAUAAUUUCCAUUUAAUGCAUUGAUGCCUCCCUAGAGGUCUGAAUAACAGUUUUCCCCACUUCCUUUUCCUUUAAAUUAGCUUAUUCUGAGCCAUGUUUACUUUUUCCAUUAAUAAAAGAUUUCACAACCAUGGCGAGCCAAUAUUUCUCUAGUGUUCUGGAAGCCUGAGUGUACUUCAUAUGUGUAAUAGAAUAGUAGUAACUUACAUAAUAAUGGGAUUUUGUGCAUGUUAUGUGUUUGUGGAGAGAGCUUAAAACACUGAGCUGUGGUAUAAUCAGUAAUGUCCUUUGGUCUGGAUUCCCUUUGCAUUUCAGAAAAUAACCUGCAUCAAGAAAAUAAGCUGGAGUACAGGAUGAUUAAUUUCCUUUUGGCAGCUGUAUUGGGAGAAUCUAGCUGUGAAGUGAUUUUUCUGAAGAUACAGAGAUCAAGUAUUUUGGUGUGUGUCUCCCCUCAGCCCCCACCCCCACCCCCGCCCUCUUCUUUUUUCAAUCGCUAAAAAAGGCAGUGGACUGUUUGCAGCCCACAUAGUUUUGUCACACUGCCUAACCACAUUGACAUUCUGUUAAUAUAAACCACACAGAUGAGGCUUGCCCCAGAAAGGCAUGUGAGACUUGCAAGCUGUGGAAGGGAAAAUCUUCCAGAUUUGGCCUCCAGUGCUCUCAGACAAACAGCAAACAUAUGGCCUAAGCUUCAUAAUAUAUAUGUAUAAGACCAGCUUACUUCACUGGAUGAUAUGGAGAAGAAAUCUAAGGAAAAAUCUGGGUCUUGUUUGGCAGUUUCUGUUCUGGCCUUGAAAUGAGAAGCUCAUGGUUAGUGAUGAGCCCUCUUGGAGUCCAGAGAGGCCUCAGAAUGUCUUCCCUUUUUCUAGGUGCGCCUUCUUGCACGUCACCAAAAAUGGGACAAGACUGGGACUGGAAGGGGAAAAAAAUGAGAGAAUGCCGACGAUAGUGCAUGUGCAUACUGUCUUUAAAUGAGAAAACACUGUUAAUAGGUUGUUUUUGUCAAAGUCCAGUUGGUGGAAUCAGAAAACUUCUUUUGCACUCAGAAACCUUUAAUUCUAGGCAAUUGGCCUUUCUGUGGUGCUUUAUUCUUAGAUGAAUUAUUCCCUUUUUUUCCACAAAGAUUCACCAUUUUUCUUUAGCCCAGAGCCUUCCUAAAGAUUUGAGGAAGCUGAACUAUUCAUAUUUGGCAAAAUUAUGCAUUUCCCAUGGAGAAAGACCAAAUGCAAAACAUUAACUCAUCCCAUUCUACUUAAAAUCCUCUGGUAGCUUUAGGACCAUUUCAUUGUUUGAGGUGUUUUUUUAAACCCUUGUCACAUCUUCAAAUAAAUACUAAGCAUUACUUCUAAGACAGAAGAGGGAUAAGGGCUAGCAAUUGGGGAUAAAUGACUUGCUGGGGCCAACUAACUAGAAAGUGUCUAAAGUCAGAUUUGAACCUAGACCUCCCAACCCUAGGCCUGGUUCCCUAUCCACUAAACUGUCUAGCUAUGUUUAAUUUUAAGCCUGGGAGUCCAUUUUUAAGCAUUGGUUUGAUUAGGAGGAUGUUUAAAAAAUGGAAUUAUUUUUAUGGAGCAAGAUGGGGAAACUGAUAAUUCUAACUCAGAAAUCCACUAAUUGAUAUAGGUGGGAUUUUGCUAAAAAGAAAUUCUUAUUUAAAAAAGAUAUGAUAGGUCCCCUAUAUGAUGGAAUUCCUAGGCUACUGUCUCUCAUUGAGCAGAUCUUUUUUUUUUCCCCUCUGAUUCAUUUUCAACUUAAUAUUUUGAGCUUUUCUCAUUAAGCACUCUUACCUCCCUAAAAGUAUGCUUUAAUUAGCUUUAAAUACAAAAGAGCAAGAUAGAUAUAAUUUUAUUCUGCCAAGAUUUUCAAAUACUAUUUUAUUAGGCUAAUCACAUUAAAUGCAGAGAGAAAACUAUCAGUUUUUUUAAAAAGCCUUCGGUUGGGGAGCAAAAAUAUCACCACGAAGUACUUCAUGUGCUGAUUGCUGCUAGACAUGAACCAUGCCGUUUAUUCUGUUCAGAACAAUACUUCAGUACAGCUAAGCAUUUAUCUAGGUAUUCAAUUCCAGACUAGUUGAUCUGAUCAUAAUCUCUGUAUAUGCACAGAGAGCCAAGAAUGCUUAUCACAGCUUAAUAGUUUAACAUGUACUCAAAGGAUCAGUUAUUUGCCAGGUGUGUUUCUGGCAACCAUUUAAGUAGAAUUAAGAGAAGUGGGGCAGGAAGAAAGGACACUCAAGAUGCUGUGAAAGCUGGAAUUUCUUUAGAGAAAAGGCCUGCGUCUCCAAAGCACACUAUUUUCUCAAGACUCCAUUACUCCCAGAGCUCAAGAUAUGACUAAUUGUCCAGUGAUAUUGCCCAUAAAUUCACACUGGAAGAAUAUCAGAAUCUUCCUGAGCAAAGUGUGCUUUGCCUUAAUUGAAAACAUUUGCCUAAACUGCUGGAAUGCUGAAGGUUUUCUUUUGCUUCAGAAGUCAUUGACCAGGAUCCCUAUAGUCCUGACCAACUCAGUAUCCCACCAUAGAUCCCUCUCUUAAACUAUAUUCUCAUUGCUGAAGUUGUGUACUUUCUGGUCAAAAAAAGAAAUAUUUUUCUCUGUUUCUUGGGUUUCCAAGAAAUAUGGAAAGUGUUAAGUAUGCUACAUUUUAUGGAAACCUUUGUUAACUUGAGCGAUUGGGCUGAGGUUUGGGGGACAAGCAGUGGGGAUGGUUUGAGUGUAGGGGCAGCAAUUUAAAUCUUUUUAAACUAGAGAAGUAUAGAAUGGGGGCAGGCAGGUGGCUCAGUGGAUGGAGAGCCAGGCCUAGAGAUGGGAGGUCUUGGGUUCAAAUUUGGCCUCAGACACUUCCUAGCUGUGUGACUGUGGGCAAGCCACUUAACCCCCAUUAUCUAGCCUUUACCACUCUUGCCUUGGAGCCAAUACAUAGUAUUGAUUCUAAGAUGGAAGGUGAGGAUUUAAAAAAAGGAAAUAGAAUGUAUAUAAGUUAACGUAGGAACUAACAUUGAGUUGAACCUUUCUUAGAAGAUAUCCUUAGCAAUGAGCAGAGACUUGAAGCAAAAAUUAGAUCUGUGCUUCCAAAGCCCUGAGGAAAAUGAAAAUUGAGAGCAAGUUAUCUUGUCAGAGGGCAAGAAGCCAGUGGGUACAUGAAUAGCAAGACCAAAGAAGGGAUGAGCAGCUGUCACUUGGUGAGUGAACUCAUCUUUUCACCUGGUUCCACAUUUCAAGGGGAGCUCCUUUUGCAACAAGGGUUCAUCAGCAUGUCUGUUCCUCUCAAGUCUAAAGUGUGCAGAAUUGUAAUUUAACCUGAGAGCUUGCUUCUCCUGUUUGGCUCAUGUUGUCUUGGUCGGUGGAGUUUUAAGUCUUCAGAAUUUAUGUGAAUGUUAUGCUAUACUGUGCUUCAAACAAAUGAUUAAUUUCAGCCCCAGUAGGGAAAUAGCCACAUGGGAUUGUAUCAGUGUGAAAGAAAAAGGAUCUUCAUGGAGCUUUAUAAAGAUAUAAGGUCAAUUUUUAAUUUUGUCUUGGUGCAAAAAUUUCGUAACUGGUUUUUGGUUAAGAAAAAAGAAAAGAAAAAAGAUUGGGUGGGACCUUGAAUGUGGACCCAGUGGGCCUAAUUUCUGAGAGAUUUGCCUGCUGUGGUUUGCCUUUUCUAAAUGGGCUCUUUUUAGCUGGUGGGUUGAACUCCUGAGGUUAUCCCAGUUAGCUUGUCUUUAGAAAAAGACAUCCUAGCGAUGGGUAUCAGCUUGCCUUUUGUUUAAGGAAGUGAGCGAGAGCAUUUGAGGAUGUUGGGAACUAUUUUAAAACAAAAAUGAAGUGUGUUUAGUUAAGCAAGAAUCUCACAGAACUACGGAAGUGGCAGCAAGUUCAUAUCAUAUCAUCUUCAGGUCUUGAACUGUCAGCCAACCCUUUAUUUCAAGUAUGUUCUCUUUGGUAGCCAUUAAUGGCAGGGAUGUAAUUAAUGUAAGGGAUGAGUAUGAAGAACUGAAAACCAAAAGUCGAGCCCAUGUGUUUUACCAUUAAUGUGUGGCCUCUCCAAGCAGGUGGGUGUCUGGAGUAGUUCCUCUGCAGUAGAAUACUUGUGUUGUGGCCAAUACAAGUUGUCACUUGAGAAAUAGUGGGGGGGGAGAGGGGGAGAGUUGUAUUAUUAUUGUUUUUUUUAGUGAAUUCAGAAAUACCAAUCUCGCUUUUUUUUUCCACUGCAGCAUUCCCUCAAGGGUGAAAUGGUCCAAUAUAAAGGUCAUGUGUUUCCUUCUUGGACAAAUAUAAACAAAUGUUUCCAGACAUCCCAGGUUGAGGCAAAGAAAAAAAAUGUAUUGAAUCUGGUGGUUUUUGUUUUUGUUUUUUCCUGAAAGGGCAAAAACUUCCAAAAUCCUUUCUCUGCCCAUUCCCAUGUUUUAGCAGAAGGUUGCUGUUGUACCAAAAAAAUGGCCAAAAUUAAAUAAUGAUUCUAAAACUGAAUCUCAGAACCCAAGACUUCCUCACCCAGAAACCAGCCCUCAAAGAUUUAAAUGCUGUUAAAACCCUUGUUCUGCCCCCACAGAACCACUGUCUUAAGACUUUAUUCUUGUUCUUGUUUCAGGUCAGAAGAAAAAAAAUAUUUGACAUUCUAAUUAUUUUUGCAUUAUGCUCUGGAAUCUCUGUGCUCUGUGACACAUUUGGGGGGCAUGGGAAGUGUCCCAUGGGUGGACUUGGGAUAUUUCCCACCAUCCUCAGGGCCAGGGAGAGAAGGCAAAACACCUCUUGGCUGGGAUUGUGCAUUUUGCAUCUGUAAAAAGAACAGCUUAAAAUUUAUAGUCUCAAUUACCUCUAAAGAGGAACAUCCAAACAAGUGAUCCCAAGAGAGAGCUCAUUGGAUAGUGGAAGCAGAGGGACAACUGCAAGGCUCUUUGGGGCUAAAGGAUUUUAUUCUUUCCACCUUAUGCCCCUUAUUACUGAUUCUGGUUAUUGAAGCAUUGUGGUUUAAAUACUUCCUUUCCCUCUCAUCCCUCUCUACUCACUUUCCCAAAAUAAGCUUCAUAACACAAAACAGGUGAGUUUUCUGGGGGUCCAUUUCUUUUGGCUUCUUGCCCUAUACUUGUAUUUUAACAACUUCUAAGGAAGGUGGUCGAAUCCCUUUUGGAAUGGGAACAAGUCUGAAGCCUGUUAGAUGGAUAUGGAAAGAGGUUUUGCUUUUUUUUCCCCCAAGCUUUUCUCAGGCUUCAUUCCUCUUCUUCCAACCCCGUUUCUCCCUUGUCCUUUGCCAGCAACAUUUGGGCUCAAUUCAAGGUGUAGAGAAAUAGGGCUGAAUAGGAAAAACCAUGAAGGCCAGUUUCAAGCUUGAAUGUGAAACGUGUGAACAGUGUGUGCUAUUGUGUACAUACACACACACAUCUUUUUUGCCUAAGAUAACAAGAUAGGGGCAUGGUUAAUAAUCCUUCCAUAGUCUGAGCAAUAGUCAGAGAGUAAAGCCAUCCCUCCCAUUUAGAAUCUAGAUAAAACUUGGAUGCCACCACUGAAAACCUCCCUCCCCUAUUUUUUAAGAAAUCCUCUGAUAUUAGUGUGUUUGCGUGUGUAGUUCCUUUGUAUGUUAAUCAGUUUCCUUCCAUUUGAGUUUUGUGCGAGGGAAAGAUGUUGGAAUUGUAGGUUGUAAUCUUGUGCCAACAAAUAAACACUGGUAUUUCACAUACA